AUGGAUUGGAAUAGAUUCCAUAAACUCGAUGUUAUAUAUUCGUUUAUGGAUGAAUUGGAAAAGGAUUUUCCAGCUAUCUGUACCGUUUAUGUUAUCGGUAAAUCUGUAGAAGGUAGAGAUAUCAAGAUGCUAAAGAUAUCGAACAGCAACGCAAGCAAUGUUGCAGUGUGGUUAGACGGAUCCAUACAUUCACGAGAGUGGAUUACAACAGCUGUUGUGACCUAUCUUGCCGAUAUUAUUGUCCGAAACUUUCAGAACACCUCCUCUUCUAUUACUAAUAAAGAUUGGUAUAUAGUUCCAGUGUUGAACCCAGACGGCUACGUGUACACACACACACGAGACCGUAUGUGGAGAAAGAAUCGAGCGCGACACGAUAGCGAGUUUGUUGGAGUUGAUCUCAACAGAAAUUUUAGUUUUGGCUGGGGAAACAAUGGGGAAGAAGGUUCCUCUGAAAUGCCAAAUAAUGUGUUUUAUAGAGGACCAGAGCCUUUCUCGGAACCCGAAACAGCAGCUGUCAGGGAUACCAUAUUGAGUUCGUCAACACCUUUCAAAGUGUUCCUAUCGUUUCAUAGCUACUAUGAGCUGAUCAUAUUCCCGUGGGGCUACAAAACCGAGCCCUGCGCGGACUACCUCCGUUUGCUAGAAGGUGGCGCGAUUAUGGCAAGGGCAAUAUUUGAAUACAGUGGAAUCAUAUACAAAGUGGGCAGUACAAAAGAUUUAACAUACUACGCCUGUGGUACCAGCAUAGAUUGGAGUUACGCCAUCGCGAAAAUUCCAUACACCUAUAUGAUUGAAUUAAGAAGUAAGAAAUACAAGUUCAGGUUACCGAAAGACCAAAUCCUGGACACGUGUAAUGAAAACUGGAAGGCAGUGCAGGCUUUAAUGGAAUUUGUUGAUCAACCGUCACGCAUUUAAAAAGUAGAAAUUUAUAAUUGCUUUUAGUUAUGCCAUAAAUCUAUACAAUUCAUCCAAAACAAGAAAAUAAGUAAAUUUGUUUCAUGACAAUCGAUUCGCAUCAUGAAUCGCAAUUAUAGUUAA